UUUUUUUUUGACAUUUGUUUACUUCGUUUUGUUCAUGUUGUUCUUGUUAGUACUUUUCGUCGUUCUCCUAUUUCGCAAGCAAAAUUUUUUGGUGUUAAAAGAACGUAUCAACAGCGGCAAGUUAAAAAUAAUAAAAAAAAUUUACAUUCCAUUCUCUGGAUCAUCCAUCCAUCAUAGAGGGAGGAAACUUCAACACAAAGAGGAAAAAAGAAAAAGAAUAGAAAGAAAAAAACCCUAUUCGCCAUUGUUACUGCAUUAAAUUUUUUUUUUCUUGUUGAAUUGAUAAAAAAAGGGCUUAAAAAAUUUAAGCUAAUUUAUCAUCGAGAAUAAAUUAAACAAUGGCAGACGAUGAAAAUAAAGCUCUUCUUCCCGGCGGUGGUGGUGAGUACGAUGAAGCUAAAAUGUACUCGGCUGCCGGCGAAGGCUCAGAAAAUCCUAGCACAGGAGGUGUCGCCCCUUCUGUGGUAUCAUCGAUUGGACCAGAUGAAUUGCCCCCGCCAUACCAACAGGCGGCCAGUGGAGGUGUUCCGAUGGUCACAUGCCGUGUGUGUCAGAGUAUGAUUGACAUAACAACCAAACGAGAGCAGCAUGUUGUCAAAUGCGGUCAGUGUAAUGAAGCAACACCAAUUCGUAAUGCUCCACCAGGAAAAAAAUAUGUUCGUUGCCCAUGCAAUUGUUUGUUGAUUUGCAAGAGCUCAUCACAAAGAAUUGCAUGCCCACGACCAAAUUGUAAGCGAAUAAUUAAUCUUGCACCCAGUCCAGUUACACCCCCAGUGCCUGCAAUGCCUGGCAUGUGUCGUGUUACUUGUGGUCAUUGUUCGGACACUUUUUUGUUUAAUACAUUCACCAAUGCGUUGGCCCGUUGUCCCCAUUGCCGUAAAGUUUCAUCGGUUGGCUCAAAGUUUGCUCGUGGCCGUGGAAUAAUCUUUUCAGUGCUCGGCUUUGUGUUUCUUCUGAUUGCUAUUGGUGCCACCAUUGGAACAUAUACAUAUGCCAAAGAACACGGAGGAGUAUUUGUCGCGUACGUUGGCGCUUUUUUAAUCUCAACAUUUCUCUUCGCCCGAGCGGUAUAUUAUUUCCGCCUUAAAGUUAGUGCCAUAGACGGCCCCAUGUAAAAUAUUUAAUCAUAUUUUUUAUCAUUCCUUUUUUGAUAUUACAACCAAAACAACAAUAACAAAAAAAUAAAAAUCCGAAAUUCGAACAAAAUAAAAAAACAAUAAGCAGAAAAAGUUGUUACAAAAAAACACAUGAAUUAAACUGCAAAAAAUACUACUUACGUUAGAAAAUUUGUUUUACCAAAAAAAUACAGGAAAAAAUAAAAAAAAAAAACUUAUUGUUGAUUGAGAUGUUCACAUUGAAAAACAAAAAUUAUAACAAAAAUAAAUCAAAAGGAAAAAAGUGUAUACCUUUAUAAAAAGCAUGUCUUUCGUUAUACAUUUAGACUCUUUUUCUUUUUUUAUUAUAAUUAAUUAUUAUACAUAUAUUUUUUAGUUUAAACAAAAAUGUUAAUUUGCUGUCUCUUAGAUAAUAACGAUUGUUUUCGGCUAAAAAAAGAUUCUCUAAAUUGUCUGUCAAUUUUUGUAUCUGGUCAAUUGAUGAAGAUGAUUUGUAAGCUAUGUCUUUUUUUCGAUUAAGUAAAUACAUGCAAUCGCAUAGUUUUAUGGAAGACUUCUUUGUUUUAAUAGUUUUUUUGUUUGUUUAGUUUUGAUUGUGUCUUUUGUUUGUUUAUUUAUUAUUUUUACUGAAUUUUGAUGAUUUUUUUGGCAUGCGUUAUAGUUUAGCACCAAGGAAUCUUUUCUCUUGCGUUUUGAAUGGAUUGUGGAUUAAUUUUCUUGUAAAAAUUAUUAUUAUUUGUAUUUUGUUUAAAAUUUUUCAUUUUCUACUUUUUUCAUAAAAAUACACUCAGAAUAUUAGAAAAGUUCAUUAUAAACACUUUCGAACAAACUAUAAAACAAAAUUAAAAUAGAAAGUUACAAGAAAUCGCAAUGUUUUCUCAUUAAAUAAAAACAAACUCAGAUCAUUAACAUAAAAAUAUAUUUAGUGCCGCGUUUUAACAAAACAAAAAAGAAUGAAAUACAUAAAACAAACAAUUAUUAAUAAAAUAAAAGAACACUCAUUCUAAGGUAUUGGUUCUAAUACUAUCGUAUGAGAGUAUGUAUUGCAUAACAGAUAAAUAAAAACAAAAGAAAAAAAAUUAAAGACAACAAAAAAUUAUUAUUAUUAUUAUAUUAUUGAACUUAUACACUUAUUAUAAUGAAUAAUGUAAAUAAAUUGAAUAAAACUUAAA